AUGCACGAGUUCAUUAACAAGGGAAUGACAUCACAGAAGAAAUGGUUCACCAGACUGCAGCAAUAUGGAAGUCUCAUUAUCCUAAUGGAUGGAGGAAUCCCUUUAAGUGUUGCCCUGCCUUCCGGAUCUAGGAACUACAACAAAUUUAUGGAAAAGCACAUUGUUCAAGAUGAAGAGAACAUAAACUGCAAUCUCACCAUAAGUAAUCGGAAGCUCAGUAGUAAUAAUUGUAGAUAUCACAACACUUUCAUCCAUGAUACCAAUGCCAAGAAAAUACGUGCCAUGUGCUCACCAUAUACGUCUCCUCAAGUUGUUAGCAGCAGUGGAUCCUUGAGGCUGACUGAUUGCAAGCUAGUAAAGUCUCCAAGUGCUACACAUUGUGCCUACCACCAGAAAGGAAUCAGAGGAAUAGUGUAUGUAACCUGUGAGAACCAUGUACCAGUUCACUUUGUCAGAUUUCAUGAAAGCUCCAGUCCUUCUUGGUUUCCCUGCAUUUGGAACCUGGUUCUUCUCAUUCUUCUAAAAGAAUUGCUGCUAACUCAAUUUUAA